UUCUCCUCCUCGUCCAAACCCUAUCUCCUCCUCUCUCUCCGUCCUUUUUGGUUUCUCUUCUCCAGAUCAAUCAGUUCCUUUUUUUGUUUUAGUUUCAAUUUUUCUUCUGUUUUUGUUGAGUUUUCAUUUAAACAAGUAGAAGAAUGGCUAGUGGUUUAGACAUGUCUCUUGAUGAUAUGAUAGAGAGAAACAGAAAGUCUGGAUCCGGCAACGCAAGGGGCCGUAUUCGUGGAUCCGGACCGGGACCCGCUCGACGCUUCCCCAAUCGUGCCGCCAAUCGGGCUACGCCGUAUACUGCUCCCAAGGCGCCAGAGACGACUUGGCAGCACGAUAUGUAUACGGAUCAGGGUAUGGGGUUCCCGGCACAAGGGGGUCGGGCGUCCGCGAUAGAAACCGGAACGAAGCUCUACAUAUCUAAUUUGGAAUAUGGAGUGUCAAACGAGGACAUUAAGGAACUGUUUUCUGAAGUUGGUGACUUGAAGCGUUAUGCAGUCCAUUACGAUAGAAGUGGGCGAUCGAAGGGAACGGCCGAAGUAGUCUUCUCACGGCGAACAGAUGCUGUUAAUGCUGUCAAGCGAUACAACAAUGUCCAGCUUGAUGGGAAACCAAUGAAGAUUGAGAUUGUGGGAACAAAUGUCGCAACCCCUGCUGCCCCUCCAGCUGCUAAUGGCACUUUUGGAAAUUCAAAUGGAAUUGCCAGAGGGUAUGCUUCACUUAUCUUUUUCUCUUUCAAAAUAUCUGGAUAUUAGUUGACCUAAUGAAAU